GCAUCUGACUUUUCUCUCUACACGACUUGCUCGGGCGCCGCCGCCGACGUCGCAGCAGCCACCGGGACCUGCAACCCGAGAAAGCAUGGAUACUCAGGUUAAGCUCGCCGUCGUGGUCAAGGUGAUGGGCCGCACUGGUUCCAGGGGUCAGGUGACCCAGGUUAGAGUGAAGUUUCUGGAUGACCAGAACCGUCUCAUCAUGAGGAACGUCAAGGGCCCUGUACGAGAGGGUGACAUCCUCACCCUGCUCGAGUCUGAGAGGGAGGCCAGGAGGCUGCGCUGAAACAGCUGGUGGUUGUGCCAGUUGUUCGCUGUUCUUGUCUUAAACAAGUUAAAUGAUGGAUUGAUUCCCCCUUGCCUAGUGUACUGCUUUCGUAUCAAGUUAUUGAAGAAUGCUACCCUGUCUUUUGAGUAGGCUAUAGAAUGAGUUAAGAGCAAUGGAAAUGUAAUUUGUGCACUUGUCCUGUUGCAAGUUUUGGUCUGUUACCCUGAAUGAAUUUAAGUGCACUUUGAUGCUGUGUGACAUGUAUGAGUUCUGUAUAAUCUGAAUUUUAUUGGGUGAAUGCUAUACUGUCCACUACACAUCGAAA